AUGGGUUUCCUGUUUUCCAAACAUCUUUCCAAGGAUAUGGGCGAAGUACAGCGGUUUAUUGAUGAACUCAUUGCAUCGAAAAAAGUAGUAGUAAUAUCAAAGAGCUGGUGCAUAUAUUGUAAGCGAGCUCGCAAAGUGCUUUCCGCUUAUCCGCUCGAAGUAGAUGUAAUGGAAUGGAUCGACAUUAACAAAAGGUCCGAUGGGAAAGAAAUCUUGGAUUAUAUAGAACAGAUAACUGGAUCAAGAAGAGUGCCGCGAAUUUUCAUUGGAGGUGAAUUUUUUGGAGGUUGCGAUGAAAUAUGUGCAGCAAAGAAAGAUGGUGUUUUAGAACACAAAUUUAGUGCGAUUGGAAUUAUACGAAAGAUUGAAAAUAAUUGA